AUGACGAACAAAAGUCAAGAGGAGCUGAACUUGAAGUUGAAGAGCGAAAGCUCAAAGGAAGCAAUCAGUGGCACGUUUUGUUCAGACUGUAAGAGGCAUACGGAGGUUGUGUUUGAUCACUCUGCUGGAGACACGGUAUGCUCUGAGUGUGGACUAGUGCUUGAGUCUCACUCAAUUGAUGAGACCUCUGAGUGGAGAACUUUUGCUAAUGAGUCUGGUGACACUGAUCCCGUACGUGUCGGUGGACCAACUAAUCCUCUUCUCGCCGAUGGUGGUCUCACCACCGUCAUUUCUAAGCCUAAUGGCUCCUCCGGCGACUUUCUCUCCUCUUCUCUUGGUCGUUUGGCAGAAGCCCUUAGGUCUCGUUUAUACUUUUUCUUGUCUCUGUAUGAAACAUUUUACCACUGA